CUCUCUCUCUCUCUCUCUCUCUCUCUCUCUCUCUCUCUCUCUCUCUCUCUCUCUCUCUCAGGAGGAGCCUGUCUGUGGGCGUGUGCAACUCUGUCACUCUGGACUUGUCGAAACGGUGCAGUAUUGCUUUUCCCUCAGCUCUAUGCAUGGAAUACCUGUCUCUCUCUCUCUCUCUCUCUCUCUCUUUAUCUCUUUUUUGUCUGUCUCGCUCAGCCUCCAUCCGGAGGAAGGAAUUCUAACACAGGCCUGUUGCUUGCAGGGGAACUUUUUUUCUUUCUUUGCUCUUCCUCUCUCUCACUCAUUCAGCAAGUGGGAGCACCGAGUGUGUUUGUGAGUAUCUGGUUUGGACUGAUAAGGACAGUAAGGGGGAGACAUGCUGAGAAACGGCCCAGCUGGAUCGGUCACCACCACGACCUCUCCGGAUCAGAGGAGUGAGAGGGAAAUCAGGCGGCUCAGGCUGACUCUGCGUCCUGAGGACCCUACUGGCCAGAAAGACCCAGUGAAGAGCACGCCACGCUCCGAGGAGAAGAUGGUGAAUGGCUCCUGGAUGAAGAAGAAUGGGGUGAUGCAGAGAGAGAGACCACCAGGCAGAGAAUCACCUAUAGAGGACAAGCACUCUUGUGGUGUGAGCAAUGGUGUUGGACCCAGAGUGUACGGUGUGGUGCAGCGGACGGGCGAGCAGCAGCAGCAGGAAGUGACGGCCCGCGAGUGGCCAGUCAGUCAUUUGAGAGAUGAGAUGAGGUACAUCAAAGAGGUGCGGGACUCCUUAGAAAAGGUCAGAGAGCGGAUGUAUGGCCAGUUUGGAGGAAUGCAGCAAUCCGUGGAGAAACUCUCCCAGGAAUUAAGGAUGGCGAACUCUCAGAAGCGUUAUUUGGAGGCGGAGGUGAAGACAGGAAGACAGGCCAUGCAGAGUUUUGAUCAGAUGAACAGCUCUCUCAUAUCAGCCAACAUCGACCUGCAGAAAGCCCUGUUGGAGAGCUGUAAUGGUCGUGUGGGGAACAGGGAGGAGAUGAGGGCUCUGCGUAGCUCCUUCGAGAAAACUGAAGAGAGACUGAGGGAACGUGAGAAGCAGCUGGCCGCUGCCCAGGCCGAAAACCAGGCGCUAAAAUUACAGGUGGAGUCAUCUCAGGAGGCCAGUGCGCAAGCGAUGAAGGAGAUCAGUGCUAAACUGCAGCAACAGUAUGAAGAGCAGCUACAGGAACAGCAGAAGAAACACAGGCAGGAGAUAGAAGCUCUGCAGGCCCAGCUGGAGGAGUACAUGAGGCGACUGGAAGCGGCUGAGAGGAAUGUGAAGCUGGCAGAGGAGAAAAUUGCUGAGAGGGAUCAGAGGAUCAGCGAACUGGAGCGACUGCUGGACUGCAUGGCUCAGGAGAAGAGCCAGCUAACUCAGAAACUCUGUGACUGUGAGAAGCGCUUGCGCACUUUGGAUGAGGUAGACUCAGGUGUUAAGAAAAGGACUGAGCAGCUAGUCUUACAGAAAGAAGCAUCGGAGCUGAAGGAGAGAAUAAAGCACCUUAAUGACAUGGUAUUCUGUCAGCAGAGGAAGGUUAAGGGUAUGAUAGAAGAGGUGGAAACACUGAGAGCUAGUGUGGCUCAGAAGGACAUGUACAUAUCGGAGCUGCUAGACAGGAUAGCGAUUGUGGAGUGUGAGAAUAAUGAGUUAGAAGACAAGCUGAAGUAUUUUAUGUCUGUACAGAACGCAACCGUGAAUAAACCCCUCACCAGAGAGAUUGGAGUUGGCUGCGACUUGUCCGUAAGCCGACCUGACAAUCAGGUCUAUGAGACUACAGUCCAGACCAGGUCAGCUCCGUCAGCUCCAGCAGCACCAAGACCUCCGAGCAGGCUGAACUACAGUUUACUCCGGUACACGCCUCUGCAGUACAGCAGCAUGCUCUCGUCAAUCACACGGGAAACUGCAACGAGUCCUUUGGAAAACACAACAUAUUCCAAUCCAGUUCAACCUCCGAAUGAUGAAGCAACAUCACCAACAUCCUCAGACUCAGGACUGUCAUCCUCUGGCAGUAACCAAGCCAGAUCAAGCCCAUCAAGAAUCUACACGCCUUUUAUGAAGCUCAUGGAGAUUACAGCUAACAUAAAUGUAGAUUGAAGUGAAGUACAUGAAAUGAAUGAUGUAACGCUCUGAAUCAGAAAGUAUGAACGAUUUGUAUUUUUUUCCUGUUCAUUUUGUAACAUAUAAAUUAUCUCCUGAUCUGUGAAUAACUUAUUUUAUUUUAAUAGCAUGUUUGAUGCACUUUUCCCCUCUUUGUUUACAAAAAUAUAUGAUAUGGUUAUGUGGUAUGGAAAUCCCUCUUUAUUUUACAGUUUUAUAUUUUUAUUUGUUUUUUCCUUUUUAAUGUUUUGGCUAGCUUUGAAUCAUUUUUGCUCUUAAAUAUAAUUUUGUGUAGCGAUUUUCACAUUGUACACAUUUCAUGCAUCACAUUUUCCCUGUCAAACAAAAGAGACUUCACUCUUUGGGUCUAAUACAACACUAACACAGUGGAUGGUGGAUAUAGGAUGGAUUAAAGGGGAAUUUCUGCCUAAUUGAAUCAUUAAGAUCUAAACAAUGUCAUUUGGUAGUUUGCUGUGAAAUGUGCCAUUCUAGAUAGACUUACCAAAUCAGAAUUGAUAGGAACCAGAUGUUCAAAGUGUUAAUAUCUCUAAAAGCUCCCACAUUUGAAGUUAUCACAUAUAAUGGUUUUGAAUACACUGCCUGGUGCCUGAGAGAUUGUUGUGUAGAUGUUUUGAGAAGGUUUUGGCCCAAAACAUGUCAUUUUUAAAGCCAUUUAUGGUGGGCAGGUACAUGCAGGGUGAUGUAUGGCAAAAUAGUAACAUUUAUGACUAUUUUCCAUCAUCACUGUUACAAAUAAAAACUCAGAAGACAUGUAAAGUGGCUUUAUUUGUGUUGCAGACAUUGUGAUUCCUGGUUCCUAUCAGCGCCACUGUUAAAAGUCUCUCCAGUGCACCAUGUUCACAUGAGACCACCCUGAAUGACUGUUUUUAUGUCUGUCUUUUUUAUUGCUGGAAUUCUUCUUUAAUAUAAGUGUGCCAUCAAGUCAUUUUCACUGCCAGAAGCAAACCGAGAGAGACUAACUCUCUCGAUGUUGCCACUGUAAGUGUGUAUUUGUGAGGGUAGUCCUAUAAUAAAGAGAGUAUCAGCACAACA